UUCGGAAGAAGGAAAGAGACGAUAAAUGUUUUUAUAAUAAUAUUUAUUUGUUUUAGGUUCUGUGAUGAUUGAGAGUUAUCAAAAUAUUUUAUCAAAUUUUUGAUACUGUGUAUGUAUGGUACAGCAGUAAACCACGGAAUAAUCUAAUCUGUUAUAUGAUUAUGCUAUGAUUGAUAAACGUUUUUGCAUAUCUACUACUUGUUAUUAUCGAACCAAGUAGUCACAUUUUAGUCUCCGUGCAUUUAACUGCUUAUUGAAAUUCGCUUAUAAUAUGGUUAAAGGGAAAAGAUUUAUAUAUGCAAAAGCUUUUGAAGGCGAACCAAAUUUGGAUAAUUUUAAAUUAGAAGAAUUUAAUUUACCAAGAUUGGAGAAUGGAGCUGUUCUUUGUGAAGCAAUAUUUGUUAGUGUGGAUCCGUAUAUUCGUGCUUUUAUGAAUCAAUACCCAAUUGGUACGAAAAUUAUCGGAACCCAAAUUGCUAAAGUAAUCGAUAGUAGAAAUCCAAAAUAUCCAGUUUCAAGUAUCAUAUGCGGAGAUUUCGGGUGGCAGAGUCAUACCGUUUUUGUGGAGAAUGGUGGAAAUGAUAUUAUACCUUUAACAAAUUUUAAAUCAGUACCCCAUUCAUAUGCCUUAAGUUGUUUAGGUAUGCCAGGAGUUACAGCAUAUUUUGGAUUUUUAGAAAUUUGUCGUCCUCAACCUGGAGAAACUGUAGUAAUCACUACAGCAGCUGGUGCUGUUGGAUGCCUUGUUGGGCAAAUUGCCAAAAUCAAGCAGUGUAAAGUUAUUGGGUUUACUGGCGCCGAUGAUAAAUGUGAAUGGCUAGUUAAAGAGUGUGGUUUUGAUUACGCAUUCAAUUAUAAAACUUGUGAUAUUCUCCAAACUCUUAAAAAUGCAGCACCAAAUGGAAUUGAUUGUUAUUUUGAUAAUGUUGGUGGUGAAAUUAGUUCAUUAAUUAUUAGUCAAAUGAAUGAGUUUGGUCGUGUAUCUAUUUGUGGAACAAUUUCUUCAUAUAAUACGGAUCUAAAUGAUAUGCCAAAAGCUCCUGCCAUUCAACCUCUAAUAAUUCAUAAAAACAUAAAGCUCGAAGGAUUUGCAUGUUUUAGAUGGAAUCAUCGUCGUUCUGAAGCUAUAAAAACGAUGAUGAAAUGGAUCAAAGAGGGAAAAAUUAAGUACAAAGAAACGAUUACACAAGGCUUCGAAAAUAUACCAACUGCUUUUAUAGAAAUGUUAAAAGGUAAAAAUAUCGGAAAAGCUAUUGUAAAAAUUUGAAAAUUUUUUGUUUCAUUGGCUUAAUUUUUUUUUGUUAAAUUUUAAGUUUGUUAUUCUUUAUUGUAGAAUUUUUACGAUUUUAAUAAAAUUGUUUCAA